UAACAAUUUUGAUGUUGGUUUUCCAUUUUUAUCAUAAGUUGAUAACUUAUCAUUGGGGAUGAUUGGGUACUGUUAUCAGUGUUCAUAGGUAGAGAUAUGUUAGUGGGAAAUGUUGUUGAUAAGUCUGUUGAAGGUGGGAACUGCUGUUAGAAACAUUCAGUUAUUCAUUAUGAUUAAAUUUUUUGUUUAAUAUCUUCUUUACCUUAUCUUGUUUAGGUCGUUCAAAGAAAUUUGUAUCAUCUUGGAAAAUGUUUAGCUCUAAUCUACCCACGUUUAGGUGGUGGUAAGGAAAAAUGUUCAUAUGUAAUGUUUAUCUAAUUUGCUACUCUUAUCUGUUGUUUCACUUUCAACAGAGGUAGCAUUAAUUUUUUAUUUUCAUCUACCUUACUAGUCAUAGAUCUAUUUGAGCUUAAUUAUUUGUCUCUUGUCUGAUUGGGAUUAAUUAAAGUUGAUGUGUGAAUAUAGUCAAACGUAAACAUACAUGGAAAUGAAUUGGUCUCAUGUAAGAAAAGUAGAUCUUUAUUCUAAGUCACCUCAAGAUCCAGCAGGGGAAGACUUUUUAAUCAAAAGCUUAAAAAGUUUUGAUGCUUCGGCCUUUUUCCUGCUCAAUCUGUCAUUGAAAUUUUGUCUUCUUAUCUAGUCUGUCCUUUAUGUUCAAAUUAUCAACAUAACUUUUGUUUUUAUUGUUCUUUUUCUUUCUACCAUAAACUCUCAGCCUACCUCAUAGGAUAGGGUUUCCUCUGUAAAAUUCAUGUUUUGACUAUGCAAAGGUAGCCAGUGCCGGAUCAGUUGAUCCAAUAUGUUAGAAAUGCUGAUGAAAUGUUUGAUGCUAGAAUUUGAUAACAAGUUAUCUCAGUAUUGUUACAUCAUCAUAUAUAUGGUGCUUUGUCUUUGCGGUGUAGCCUUAAAAGUGGUUUUCCUAAAUGCUUCAAACUCAAUAAAGAAAUUUUCUAGUAGUAGGCCACACCCACCAACCUUGGGUGAAGUAUUAACCCAUGCUUAUGGAUGAGUGAGUUAGUUUGUAAAUAUUCAUGAUAUUAGUUGUGGAUUAAAUGGUCCGAAUAGUAAUGUUAAUAGGAAAGAGAGAAAGAGAAAAAGACCAGAAUCUAUAGAGAUGCUAGAUGGAUGGGUUUGCCUGAGCAUCUUUGUCCU